UUUUGGCAGGUUUGUGCCUCUUCAUAUCCGCUUUCCUUUUUUCUUACGUGAAUCAGCGAAGUUUCUCCUCCUCCUGUGUCGCAGGUAGUUUGAGUUCCAUACUGGUAGUAGGUGCUUCGUGUCGUGUCGUCCGCUUUGUGAAGAGAAAGCUCCAGAAUGGCUGACUUCGCUACGGGUGGUGUUCAUCAGCAACCAAAGGGCUGGGACGCCCUUCGAAAGCAUGUUUUGCAGUAUAAAAUUGAUGUUGCCUUAUGGGCAACUCGAAUUGCAACAUUGGUGUUUACCAUAGGCUACUUCAUCCCUUUAUUUUGGAAUCCUUACAAUGCAUACUACAAAGCAUUAAUGGCUAAUGCUGCCACAAGUGCACUACGUCUACACCAGAGACUGCACCCAGUUUCUCUGACUAGGGAGUUUUUGAUGCGACUUCUCACUGAAGACAGCUGCCAUUACCUCUUCUUUUGUAUUAUUUUCCUCUAUGUGCCACCUGUUACACUGGUCCUGCUUCCUGUCUCUCUAUUUGCGCUUCUGCAUUCAGCAAGUUACUCUCUGCAGCUUCUUGAUACCCUUGGCCAAAAUUCCUGGUGGGGUGCUCGUCUUGCCAUUUCAUUGGUGGAAUUCCAGUCAAGAAACAUUCUCCGUUUGAUUUCAUUCUCUGAGAUUUUCCUCAUGCCGUUCACCGUUGUCCUUAUUCUGAUGGGCCGUGCUGGACUUCUCACACCUUUCAUGUACUAUCAGUUCCUGCUCAUGAGAUACCGUUCCAGGCGUAAUCCAUACACAAGGAACAUGUUCCUGGAAUUGAGGGCUCUUCUAGAAAAUUUAGCUAACCAUCCCUCUGCCCCCGGGUUUGUUCGUAAUUUGAUCAUGACAAUUGUGGCAUUCACUUGCCGCUUGGCCCCUGAGGUGCCAGCUCAGUAGACAGAUUCAUGACAGUAUGAUCAACCAUCUUUAUGCUCCGUUCCUUUCAAAAGUACAGGUUUUUUCUGUUUUUCAGUACCAUCUCCCGAACAUCUCCCAAAGCAAAAUUGUUUUAUUUUUAUUAUUGUGCAUUACACCAGCAGUUAAGAAUAUCUAAAUAACUGUUAAAAAACACAUUCAAAUAUUCUGUGAUAGUUAUAAAAAAAAGAUUUUUCUCCAACCGUUGUUGACAUUUCCCUAUCGAAGCACAUUUCUUUUUCUUUCAUGGAACUAUUUCAUUAAACUUUACGCGUAUCAGUUCCCAUUUUUAAUUAAGGGUUGAUUUUUACUGUCCAAAUCCUAUCAAUGUUUUGCUCACUCUUUUCCACUCAAUGUGGUUAUUAGACUGUUUUUAUGUUGUUACAAAUUUAGUUUCCCUGUGAGAUAUCAUGUCAAUGCCUGAGGACAAGCUGGACCUUUAUUUUGAAUGUUUUUAGUUUUCUGUAAUUGGCUGAUAUGUUUUCUGUUUACGUUGUACAGUUAAUCACAAUAAACCAGGAGAAUGCAUUGGCAAAGUGGACCAAGUAAGAUAGACUGCAUUUUCUUUGAGUAGUGUUACAAUGUGAAUAGUUUCACAAAUCUUUAAGAGUCCUCUCUUUUUGCUCUUUUAUUUUCUUGUUCUUUGCUUCUGUGGUUUUGGAACAUAUGUUUUUGACUUUUAAUUUUUUGUUUUGUUGCAAUUAGUGUGUAAGUUAUUUUUAUGUGCAUGGAAGUAGUUCUGAGAUUACCUUGCUAGGACAGAAUUCUCUUUGUCAGUAAAAACUUUGUUUACAAUGAACGAUAAUGAAUGUAUUGUUUGCUUGAUUUUGAGCUCUCAGGGUUAUGUUGUGAAUGUGAUUCUUUACGAGCAAACAUCAGUAUUCUCUUAGUUUGCGAGGUACAUAGCUGGUGCCUUGUAAGUCUGUUUGUUCUGUAGGUUAUAUUACAAUUUACUCUGUCUGAGAUGAAAUUGCUGAAUGCUGGUCCCAUUCAUUUCUUUUCCUUGAAUAACUGCGGAAAGUGUUCUGCUCGAUUUUAGCUAGUCUGGGAACAGGAAAUUAAUUUUGCAAUGUUUGGGUUGUCACAAAUAUAAUCUUUACUGUGAUCACUUAUGUGUACUUGAUUUGUAAUUUCUUGUUCUGCUGUAAUUAUUGCAUUUUGUGAUGUGUUCUGUUCUACACUUUUUUUCUGUUCCUUUGAAGAGCUACAUUUUUGGGCAAGGUAUGGCACAGGUGCAGAAUUUUUUCUGUGGUUACUUGAUAAGCUUACAUUUUCCUCAUCUUGCCAUCCUGCCUCUAAAAGUUUACAAAUUAGUUGGUUUGUUACAAGAUCUAUAAUCUGCAUUUGAAUUUUUUUCAUUGAAGAACAAAUUAGGUACUUGUGAUAGUUAGAUUUCAUUUUUUCUUCAGAGGUGUCAACCCUGUAGUUUUAUAAGAUGGGUGUUGAACACUUACACACUUCACUAAUUCCUGUUAUUGACCUUGACUGAGAGAAUGUUCUUAGUAGAUGUAUAUGUAGAUGCUUUACUUUGAAUACUGUCUUUUAUACAAGUGUGAUACCACUGCAAUGAUUUGUAUGUACAUCAAUUCAACUUUCAUUUGUCACAUUUACGCAUUGUAAGAUUCUUUGUUACCAUCAUGCAAGCAUAGAAUAUUAAUUUUAAAAAAACAUAUUAAGAAAGCCGAAAAUCAAAUUUUCAAAGUACAUAGGUCAUUGGGUGUGUUAAUUUUGUAUCCUUAUACUCGCUGACUUUGUUUCUUUUAAAUGUGGUGACAGUCCCAUUGACUGGACCUUGCGGUACUUUCUUUCUUUCUUCAUUAACAUCUUAUUGGCCUAAUUUUUGGGUUCAUUUUUUAUUAAAUAAACCUAUGCUGCUCCUCGUUAUCCAUCUCCAAUUGUAAGUAAAUGGGUGUAUAAGUCUGGUCAAGGACUAAUCUGCAUUUAAAGAUCCUCUGUAAAAGCGGUCUGAACUUUGCACCAUUAACAGGCAUUUUUUGGAUAGACUUUAAGUGUUCUACUCCUGUAAAUAAAGGACGGUACUUGGUGUUUAACAUA